AAAGUCCCCGCACCGACUGGUCUUGUUGACAACUUUGAGCUCAAUCUUUAAUUAUUCGACCUACCAGUUUUACAUCUGAACCGAACAGAAUACGUCUUUUUAAAGUGGAGUUUGUUAACGGCCGGAAGAUAAUGAAGGAUGGAGUUUUGGAUCCUCUGAAUUUGUUUGAUUCAUAGCCUUCCACGGCAAGACAAAAUGGAGGACCACUUAAAAAGAGCUCCAUAUAAAAACAAGACAUGCCAGUCGUCACCCGAGGACUGGUUCAAGAGGAGGCAGAGAUCAGUAGACAAUCAGUAUGACGUGGCACAAAGGACAAACAUCUACAACAGCAGCUCUCACACCAACAAGUGCGCUGAUCUCAAAACCCGCAGUGGUCUAAAUGAUGAUUCAAACAAGCAAACUGGAAAGUUAUUAAAAGACAACAGAGCUGAGCCUUCCUCUCUGGACAAAAGAAUCAGCAGGAGAUCAAAAGACAGAGGUGACAGAGGGACCAAACCUUCCCCAAGCCCUGCAGAGAGAGCCAAAUCAGCCAUUACAUGUAGCAGCACAUUUGAAAUGAAACUUGCCGAUUUCCCUGAAUUGGGUGAUAUCACACCCAGCAACCCUACAGCAGCUUCCCUGCACCAGGAACCAUGGGUAUGCGCUGGUGCAGUCAUGCCAGCAGAGUGUCAGAGUUCACCAGCACCCCUUUGUAAGAAUGUACCAAAACGAAGAACCAAGUCGGCACAGCUAGUCCCGUCCAGUGGAAAGCGUGACAUGUCAUCAGCUAUCACAGCAGCCCAAUUUGAUUUAGAUCAGGACCAAUCCAGUCCCACCGGAUCUUCUGCUCAGUCCUGGGCAAACAUUGCUUCUCAGCCUCCCAGAGUCAUCCAGAAAAGCCCUAAAGCCAACAGAUUGUCUCAGGAGGAUUUAACUACGCAGCCAGUUGAGCAGACAGAGAAGAAGAAGAGGAAGAAAAAGAAGAAAUCCAAAACAGCAUCUGAGAACGCAGAGGAGACACUAGAGGAACAUCUGAUACAGCAAGAGCCUCCAAAGUUUGAGGAUGAAGAGGAGUUUCCAGACCUAUCACAUGCAUCUGAACUUAAAGGACAUUCAGUAGCACAAAAAGAGGGAUUGUCCCUACACAAAGCCACUACACCCGCUUCUUCCUCCAGUGACACUAAGAAAACACAGCAGACUAGUCAGAAGAAGUCAAAAGUUCCUGUACAGCUUGACCUUGGAAACAUGCUGACCGUUCUUGAGCAGAAGCAACAGUCUCAAAAAUCCACACAAGACCAGCGACCACUAACACUUUCAGUUGGAGGAGCUCUGCCUGUAGUCCACAAAGAACCUUCAGUUCAGAAAAAGCCAUGGCAGCAAGAGAAGACACCGCACAACCCGCUGGACUCCACCUGUCCAUUAGUGAAGAAGGGAAAACAGCGAGAAGUUCCCAAGGCGAAGAAACCAACACCACUCAAAAGAGUCAUUCUUCGGGAGAGAGAGGAAAGGAAACAGAACCGCCUGCUGGAGGAGAGAGACCUGACCCGAGUGGCCACUGAAGCUGGUGAAAACGAAACCAGUACUAGUGAGAAUCCUUCUGAAACAAGCCUCGCUGACCAUGACCAACAUCUUCACACAAACAUAGAUGAGAAGCCUGGACUCGUUGGGACUGAGGAGUCAGAGAGUGGCCAGCCUGGUUCACCAUCUCAUCACAAGUUGGAUGACAGCGUGUCAGAAAAUGCAACACUAAAAUCCUGGAAUCCCAAUCUUCCCAAAAUCCACAGCAGGAAGUUCAGAGACUACUGCAACCAGGUGCUUAGAAAAGAUGUAGAUGAAUGUGUGAGCAGCUUACUGAAGGAGCUGGUGAGGUUUCAGGAUCGUCUUUUUCAGAAAGACCCCAUGAAGGCCAGGAUGAAGCGCAGGCUGGUCAUGGGCCUACGAGAGGUGCUGAAACACCUCAAACUGAGGAAGGUCAAGUGCAUCAUCAUCUCGCCCAACUGUGAACGUAUUCAGUCCAAAGGCGGUCUAGAUGAGGCUCUUCACACGAUCAUCGACACAUGCCGGGAUCAAGGCAUCCCAUUUGUGUUUGCCUUGUCAAGGAAGGCGCUGGGCCGCUGUGUUAAUAAAGCUGUUCCUGUCAGCUUGGUGGGCAUCUUUAACUAUGAUGGCGCACAGGACCACUAUCACAAAAUGAUUGAGUUAUCGGCUGAGGCCAGGAAGGCCUAUGAGGUGAUGAUUGCAAAUCUGGAGGCUGCAUCACCGGAAGAGCAGGAGGAGCAACAGGAGGCGGAGCCAUCAAGAGACCCUUCUGGAACUGAAGAGCCAGAGUACAUUAAAAUCUGGAAGAAAAUGCUCGAAAAAGAUUACAACCACCCUUUCCUGAAUUUCGAGGACCAGUUUUCAUCCAUUUCUAUUGGUUCAGAGCAGCUGCUGGAUGACCAUGAAGGAAGUUGAUGGAAGUACACCGACGAAUGAGACAAAAUGUCUGUUUUUGUUUGUUUGCAGUGCU